AAACAAACGAAAACCGUGCUCAGUUUUUCUCUUCUCUUUUAAAUUAAUCCAUGGACGAGAGCAAGCUCAAGAGAUGCUCCACUUCAUCCACCCAUGCUGAAGCAGUUGAUGAGGCCACAGAUCCUUUGCAAAAGGCAGACAAAAGAGAGUUGGAUGAUUCGGAGACAGAAGUUAAUAGUCGGAAGAAGCAGAAGCAGGAGGAAGAAACCACAGAGAAGAAGAAAGAGUGUUGUUUCGACACUAAAGAUGCAAAGGGAAACAAUGAGCGUACAAUAUUCGUCACGGGUUUUGAUAAUAGCGGUUCUAGGGAUGAGAUCAGGAGCGCACUGGCUAAACAUUUCAGUUCAUGUGGAGAGUUGACGAGGGUUUUUGUUCACAUCGAGUGUGAAACUGGUGUUUCCAGAGGAUAUGCUUUUAUUAAUCUGAAAAACCGUGUUGGCAUUGAGGCCGCGUUAACUCUCAAUGGAAGCGACUUGGGAGGUCGGAAGCUUCUGGUUACAAUGGCUAGACUUAGAGACGAAUAUUAUGGCCACUUUAACUUUAAAGGCUGUGAAAUUUGUUUUGCUAUGUUUGCUGCCGCCAGUCGGAGACUGACAAGAUGGAAACUUCGAACUGGUGGUGGCAAAGUCGCGAUCUUGUCUCCAGAAUUUCAAGAAAAGGCCCGUCUUCAUUAUAAAAAAGCAAUGGCUUCUCGCAAGAUGGCGAAGUCUAAAUCCAACGAAGGCUAAUAUUUUUACUUGUUUCUCGACCAGCUCCAUCAAACGGCUUUUUUUAUAUCAUUUUUGUUUUUUAUUUAUAAAAGAAAACAUAUAUUAUGCUAUUUUGGCUGCCGUGUUUAUGCUUCAAUCAGAUUAUGAACUUUUCUUU